ACCUUCCAUCAUGCGGCCAUCAUUGCACCCUUCUUUACCAAUUAUUAACUAACCAAAACACCAAACUCAUUGUUUUUAUGUGUUGUAUGAUUGAUAAGACGGAAAGUGUUUUACGUUUUCAUAUAUGAAAAAAUCAGGGAUCGCUUCUCUUUUCAUGUUAAAAUCGCAGUUCAUGCACAUUUCAUCAUUCAAUUUGGACCAUCACAUGCAAUAGUAUUUGGACGCGUUAUACCAAAUAUAUUCUCCGAAUUGAAUAGUUUAUCUAUUACGUUAUCUCUCGUUAAUUUGUUAAUCAAUUCGGUCGAUAUGUUAUUAUUAGACACGGGACAUUGGUAUCUAAGGUAACAUGCUAAUCAUGGCUCUUAUCAUUCCUAAUCCCUUUGUUUCAGCUUAUUAUUGUUGAUGAAUGAUGAUUAUGUGUAUCUAUCGAUACUUGUUUAAGUAUUUACAUUUUUUUAUUAUGAUUCUAAUUUCCUUUGUUAUUUUUUUCACUCAUCUCAUCAGUAAUAUACAGCAUCUCAGAAAAAAAAAAAAGAAGCUCUUAUGUAUUACUAUUGUAAUUUAUUGAGUCGAUAUAUUAGCAGCACUUGUAUGAUUAAAGGCAGUCCGAUCUUAAUUUAGCAUUAUAUUUCAGCAGAAUUAACCAUGUAUGAAAAUAAAAUCACCUAGUGUAGAACAACCUUGAGAAAUGCAUGAUAAAUUAAUCAUUUAGAUAAUUUAAUUAUAUACUUUUGAUUGACUGAUAAUUGAUAUAUCAUGGGCCACAAUUAACUCAACACAGUGCCAUUUUUUAAAUGAUGUUUCAAUUGGAAUAAAAAGAUAGAUAAAAGAAUUAAUUAAAGACAAUGAAAAAAAGAGAGAGAAAAAGGAAAGGUAUAGCUCUUAUAUAAAAGGGUUGUGGAAGGGAUACUUUUCCAAGACCAACACACAUUCCCUUUCUUCCUUCAACUAGAAAAAAGAUAUAUCGGACAUUUAUUGAUCUGUGUAUGCAUAAAGGUAUAGUAUCAUUAUUAGAAAGAUGAACACAACAUCGUCAAAGAGCAAGAAGAAGCAAGACGAUCAAGUGGGUACAAGGUUUCUUGGGGUGAGAAGAAGGCCUUGGGGAAGAUACGCAGCUGAGAUAAGAGACCCAACUACGAAGGAGCGUCACUGGCUUGGCACUUUCGAUACGGCUGAAGAAGCUGCCUUGGCCUACGAUAGAGCUGCUCGGUCCAUGCGUGGCACACGUGCCAGAACCAACUUUGUUUACUCAGACAUGCCUCCUUCCUCCUCCGUCACUUCCAUUAUUUCUCCCGACGAUCCCCCUCCUCCUCCACCUCCUCCUGCUCCUCCUAGCAAUGAUCCUGUCGAUUACAUGAUGAUGUUUAACCAAUACUCAUCCACUGACUCGCCAAUGCUUCAGCCUCAUUGUGAUCAAGUGGAUAGUUACAUGUUUGGUGGCUCUCAAUCUACUAAUUCUUAUUGUUAUUCUAACAACAGUAGUAACGAGCUGCCUCCUCUGCCGAGCGACUUGUCCAAUUCGUGUUAUAGCCAACCACAGUGGACCUGGAGCGGUGAUGACUACUCGGCUGAGUACGUACAUAGUCCAAUGUUCAGCAGAAUGCCUCCGGUUUCUGACUCUUUCCCUCAAGGUUUCAACCACUUCGGCUCCUAAUUCUUUCUCAUCAAUAUUUACUACCUUCCUCAUUUGUACCUUUUCCUUUCUUUUUUUUGGGUUUAUCUAUGUUUUGACGUCCUUGAUCUCUGCAUAUGAUCAAAGUGACUGUUUGUCAUUAGUUUUUCAAUAACAAGUUAUCAUUUGUAUCUUGAUUAAUGAAAACAAGAAACUGCUCUUGUGUUACUAGUUACUACUUUCAAAUACAUAUUUAAUAUAUAUGGGCCUUGGACAUCAAAGGCCCAUUCUUCGAUGGGCUA